UAUUGCUGAUUAGAACAACGCACAAACAACGGAUGAACAUUGUUCUAUGGAUGAACGGACUUGAAGACUUGUGAACUGGUCAAGACGUGGUCCUGGUGCACUAAUAAAUCUUCAAAUCGAGAUCGCCAUAAUAUCUUCAUGUGGUUGAUUGCGACAUUUGACAAUUAUUCAUCGAUUAGUUUUCGAUUUUGAUUCGUGGACAUCAGAGUUACCAGCUUAUAACCCGAAUUAAGUCAUUCAAUGAAGUACACAUACAGAGCCACAGAGAAUUUAUUAACACAUAGUUUAAAAUCCAUAUCUACUACAAAAUGACAUUCUACUAUAAAGGAUAUGAAGAAAAAAUACCAGAAGUAAAAUGCUGGUAUCCAAAAGCAAUAGUGUAUGAUGCGAUAAAAGCUGGCAGUAUAGAUGGCACUGAUAUUGAACCACACGAUGCUGGAAUUACUAGAGCCUUAAAUUCCAAUUAUAAAAUUUCUUACAAGGCGAAAGGAAAUCCUCUAAAUACAAUAUUUGUUGGCAGACUAAGCUUAGAUACAACUGAAAAAGAUUUAGAAAAUGAAUUUUGUCGUUAUGGUAAAAUGAUAGCUUUAAGGCUGGUUAAAGAUCUAAUAACUGGCUUAAGUAAACGAUAUGCUUUUAUAGAGUAUGAAACAUUUAAAAUGGCAUUGAAUACUUAUGUACUUUGUAAAAAACUAGUACUAAAGAAUUCUCAGGUAUUUGUGGACUUUGAAUGUGGACGAUUACUACCUGGUUGGAAACCUCGAAGAUUAGGUGGAGGUUUUGGAGGUGAAAAACAAUCAGGUCAACUUAGAUUUGGCGGUAGAGUAAGAUGUUUUAGACCACCUUUAAAUUUGGAUGUCUUUAAAAGGAAUAGAUCAAAUAAUAAGAAAGACAAAGAAAUUAGAAAAUCAAUUACAACUCAAUCUACUAGAAACAUUCAUUCAAAUUCUGUUAGCAAUUCAACUACAUCUGCGCCUUCAAUUAUAUCAUUACCAUUAACACCACCAUCACAACCAGCUAUUGUUUUACCUUUAACACCGCCUUCGUAUUCAAAUGCACUGUUACCAUUAACACCACCUUCACAAUCAAUAAUUGUCUUACCAUUAACACCACCCUCAAAUUCAACUGUUACAUUACCAUUAACGCCACCAUCUCAUUCAACUACAUGUUUACCUCUAACGCCACCCCCAAAUUCAAUUCCACCUUCUUGAAGUUAUAUAAAAUUUCAAUAAAUUUUAAUUGAAAAUUUAAAUGACAAGCUAUAAGUAAUAACAAUGUAUGUGAAUAUUAAUUUUUUUUGUACUAAUUUAACUAAAUAUUAUAAUAAUUAUUGUGUUUGUAAAAACUGUUUUUAUUAGGUACAAUUAUUGUUUCUUAUUAUUAGUAACUUACCAUACUUCAUAACUUUGCAACUAAAUAUCAGUAUUUUCAAUUGCUGCUUAGAUUUUAAUAUGUAUUUAAUAUGUAACCUAACAAUACUCUAUUCAAAAUAAGAACUGUUGUCCCCCACCGAGUCAACGCACAUAUCAAAUAUAAUUUUCAAAGUAAAAGAAUGAUUACAAAUAAUAAUAAUAAUCUGUACAUUGUUUAAAAAUACAUAAUCUCAUGUUAAUGCAAUAAUUAUUAUUUUAUUUGUAUGAGUAGGAUCAUAAUCUCUAGCAAAUGUUUAAAAUCUUCAUCAGCACCUGCCAAGUGCACCUAUGCCACAUUCAACCUCCAAUUGAGGAUGAUUUUUUUUUUUUUAAAUCUCAAUUCAACUAAUAAAUAUAACAACCUAUUGCUAUUUUUGUUGUAAAACCACAGUGCAGUUUUUUUUUAAUUUUCUUUUUUAAAAUUGUUUAAUCUGUACAUAAUAAAUUUGGUACGAUGAGGUGAAGAAAUAAAAUCUGAAUCAUUAAAUGAUUUUUAAAAUUAUAAAAUUAACAUGUAGGCUUAAUGAAGACCAAUAAACUGCACUUUGAAAGUGUUUUUUGGUCUCAAAUAUUUAAAUCUAUUUUAUUAACAUCUGUAAUCAUAAAAUAUCCAACUUUCUCUAUUUCCACUCCAUAAUACUAACAUUUAUUAUCAAUGUUCAUUUUUAUUAUUCUCUUUUCUUUUAUAUUGUAAAAUAACUGUUGAGAUAUAAUAACUUUUAGUUGAAAUCUCAUUAAAUUAAUAAACGUAUUAGCAUUUAUUACCGACCUAGAUAUUAAUUUAACUUUAAAAAUGCUGAUAAUUAUUCCUUAGUUAUGAUUUAUGAUACAGUAUUUUUAAUACACAAUUAUUGGUAGCAUGUGCUUAUGGACCCUAACCUAAAUUCAAUACAAUUACAAUAUACAUGUUGUGGACCCUCUGCCUCCACUCCAAAAAAAAAAAGAUUUCUGGAUACAGCCUUGCACCUAACUAGUAUUCAGUAGACAAAAAAUAAAAAA